GGAGAACGGCGAGGGCAGCCGAGCUAACCCGGAUUGAACCAUUAAAUCUAUUGGCAGCUCGCGGAUAUUUGAUAUUUCAUCAUGGACAAGAGUGAACUGGUACAGAAGGCCAAACUCUCGGAGCAGGCCGAGCGCUAUGACGACAUGGCCGCUUCCAUGAAGGCUGUGACCGAGCUGGGGGCCGAGUUGUCUAACGAGGAAAGAAACCUUCUUUCUGUCGCCUACAAGAACGUGGUCGGCGCCCGGCGCUCCUCCUGGCGGGUGAUUUCCAGCAUCGAGCAGAAGACAGAAGGAAACGACAAGAGACAACAGAUGGCGCGAGAGUACCGCGAGAAAGUGGAGACUGAGUUGCAAGAUAUCUGCAAGGAUGUUCUGGAUCUUCUGGACAGGUUCCUGGUACCAAACGCAACCCCACCAGAAAGCAAGGUCUUCUACUUGAAAAUGAAAGGGGAUUAUUACCGAUACCUUUCAGAAGUCGCUUCUGGGGACAGCAAGCAAGAAACCGUAGCCAACUCUCAACAAGCCUACCAGGAAGCGUUUGAAAUUAGUAAAAGCGAGAUGCAGCCAACACAUCCCAUUCGACUUGGACUGGCUCUAAACUUCUCCGUGUUCUAUUAUGAAAUUCUGAACUCUCCCGAUAAAGCCUGCAGUCUAGCAAAAUCAGCAUUUGAUGAGGCAAUAGCUGAACUGGACACACUGAAUGAGGAGUCCUACAAAGACAGCACUCUAAUCAUGCAGCUACUAAGGGACAAUCUUACACUAUGGACCUCAGAAACCCAAGGAGAAGAGGCUGAUAAUGUAGAGGGCGACAACUAACAACUGCCACCCAUAUGUUUUUCCUUUUUUUCUUCUGUUCAGUCACUCUGUUUUGUAAACACAUAUAUCCCUUUUUUGUGCAACAAGUUAAAAGAAUAGUACAUCGACUUUCACAACCUCAGUAGCAGAACAGUAUGUGCAUUAGGAAACCAGACUGGUGUAUUUACUCAAAGCAGGAGUAAUACAUUCUAAGUCUAAAAACAAAUGGCAUUCUAUUUCUUUUUAUAUAAAUAUACCUGAUUUAAUUAUG